AUGGCUCUGAAAGAUAUCCGGACUCACAUCAAGAAGCAGCAGGGCAAGGAGAUGCAUCUGCAGGAGAAGAGGGAGAUUAAGGGGUUUGUGAACUUGGGAAUGCCCCUGAAGUGCCUGCCUCAGAAGUCCCACUUCGAAAUGAAGUUUUAUAAAGUGAAGGGAGAACAGGGAGGUGGUGAGCAAGGAUACCGCCAACUCGACAGCACAGGGACUGAAUGUGUUGUAUUUUAUAUUGCACCCAUUGGAAAGAAGGGGCCUGAUGGGGCACAAAUUCAAAAAAUAAUGCGUCAGGAGUUUAUAAAAGAGCGCUGCAAGAUAUGCGUCUUUGCCCCGAAAGGGGAGACCAUCAAGAAUGCUCUGUGCAAGGAUGGACGGUUUCUGCCCCUCUUGGAGGAAAAGGAGUGGUAUCUAGUGGAGAACAGCGAAAGAUUAUACUAUAGUCACUAUUCUGUUGAUGACUUAGACAAUCAGUCAUUUGAGGUGCAGGUUGUAUCUGAGCGUGCUGUUAAGACAAGGAAUGAGCAGUGUGGUGGGGCCACUCGGGAGCGACAGGGGGAAGCAUUCUAUCAGUUUAAACCAGCUGUUCUGGCCCAGUAUCCUGAAUUAAAGAACCAAGGUGAAUUGAUUGAAGAGUUCUUUAAAGAGGAAGUUACAGAGUCAGGCAAACAUGUCAAAGCUCUGCUGGAAUUGCACAGAAAAAAUUUUAGUAAAGAGGCGAAGAACUCCACUCCGGUUCGGGUCCAUAAACUCCUUGCUGGACUCAGCAACUCAGUAGGGUAUGUAGAAUGGGACUACAACGGAAAGAGGGGCUGUGCCACUUGCUUUGUGUUAUGUGAUGGGUACAUCCUCACCUGUCAUCACGUGGUGAGUGAUGUAGCAGGAUCAGGAGUUGAGGAGCAACAUUGGGCAGAAAUUAGUCAGUCUGUCAAGGUUUCCUUCUCUUAUGAAAACAGUCAUCCUAAGGAAGAUGAUUGGUUCUACAUAGAGCCUUGUUUGGAAGUCUCAGACCAGGCUCUUGAUUACGCCAUCUUGAAAUUGAAGGAAAGGAGCUCUAAAUUCCCAAAUGGGUUGGCAAAAUACAUAUCUUCACCACCAUAUAGCGGCCUGAUUUAUAUUAUUGGCCACCCAGACGGAAAGGAGAAGUCCACAGAUGGGUGUUCUAUAGUAACUCCACUUGAGCGGGGGUGGCGAUGCAUUGAACGCCUCCAGAAAGGGCAGGUGGAAGGCCACAGCAGUACCAAUUGUGGUACCAUCCCUGAGAGAAGAACCAGCCCGUGCAUCCACAUGUUCACUCCAAGGAGCUUCCAGGAAGUGACUGCCAAUCCUAACAUAGUCACCUAUAACACCAGUUUCUUCUGUGGCUCCUCAGGUUCACCUGUGUUUGAUGCGUCUGGACGCCUGAUCGCCAUGCACACCGCUGGCUAUUUGUACCGUUACUGUAAACAGGAGCACAGCAUUGUUGAGUGGGGCCAGUUGUUAAAAGCCAUUUUGUCUGAUAUCAAAAAGAAGAAUCCAGAGUGGUAUAAGUCUGUGCUUGAAGGCCAUCUGAGACAUACUGGUGGCUCUGAGGACACUACAGAGGUUCCCCAUAAUAACCAUGAGGGAGCCCUCAGUGCUGAGACUAAUGAUGUGAUAAUGGAAAGUGACAGUGACUUGGAAAAUGAUGACUAA